UAACAUGCUAGGAGACGGCACAGGGAGCUAAAUCAGAAAUGCUGUGGGAAGGAAUGAAUGCUGGCCUCUCUCCAGUCAUCUUUUGCUCUAACAUGUGCACCAACAUAGUCUAUGAGUGGCUGAAGACCCUGCAGCUUUCCCAGUAUGCGGAGUCCUUCGUAGAUAAUGGCUAUGAUGACCUGGAGGUUUGCAAGCAAAUAGGGGACCCGGACCUGGAUGCCAUUGGGGUGUUGGUGCCCCACCACAGGCGCCGAAUCCUUGAAGCAGUGAUGAGGUUGAAAGAGGAGGACGAGACCGCUGCUGGUCUCUAUUUCACCUUGGAGCCUCAGCAGCAGCAGCAGGGCUCGCCCUCUCCGUCCCCGGAGAUCUACACUAGCCACCUGGUGGAGCAGUAUGAGACUAAGGGAUGGCGAGGGCUAGGCUCCCUCCAAGGUCAAGGGAACCCGGGGACCCCCAGGAGCCAGAAACUUGGGCCCCGCAGCAGGGAGCUGGUGAUUUACCCAAAACUGAAACUGAAAAUCAUGAUUAGGGAUAAACUUAUCCGGGAUGGGAUCAACCUGAGCAAGCCCCCUUACUCCAACAAGAGGCCGCACUAGUUGCUCAGCAGGAGAGCCGCAGAGAGACUGCUUAGGCUUUUCCAAAAAUGAAGCAGCCUGUUACCAUGGUUUCAUGAACCUCAGAAGUAAGGACCUGAAAGGAAUGAAAAACCCACGAUCUUCAGAUUAAGCUGCAACAACAAUUUUUCCUUGUGAUAGUUAUCUGGCCUCCAGUGGAAGUUAUAAUCCAGAGGAGAGUACCAUCUCAUAACUACAAAUGCUGUACACCAGUGUCAUAAAGAUACCCUCAUUGAGAAUUUAGCAUAUGUAACAAGUCAGAUGUUUUUAUGUCAUGAUUUUUGAGAAAUGAUUCAGCAUAUUAAACAUUAGGUUAACUUUCAAAUUGAAAAACCAUCAGUUUUUCAAAGUCAUGUCUCAAGCAGCUUGUCUGACAUAACCUUAAUUUUUUUAAAUUGUCCUUUUGAGA